AGGUGAAAGCAAAGAUAUUCUUCUCCAUUCACUGGCACGGGAAGAAGUAUGGCGGAUACACAGAGUCAUCUCUUAUUGAGCACAUAUUUAAUGUUAGCUUUCAUCUUUAUAUCUCACUGCACAGCAUCUCUACAGCCACAAAUAGGCAACCCGCAAGAAGCAGCUCUUACACAGGCAAGGGAAUCGGAGAAAUUGGGGAGCUGUUCAUACACAGUGCAGGUAAAGACGAGCUGCUCUGCGUUCGCAGGGACAGACGACAAAAUUAGCAUUGCAUUUGGGGAUGCAUUUGGAAACCAGGUGUACAUAGCGAGACUCGAUGACCCGACCACUGACACCUUUGAGAGAUGUUCCACAGAUUCCUUCACAAUUUUGGGCCCCUGUGUUUACAAGGUGUGUUAUCUGUACCUGAUGCGCGUCGGAUCUGAUUUAUGGAAGCCAGAGUGGGUUAGAGUUUAUUAUGGUCUGGGACAAUCCGUUAGCUUCACUUAUGAUAUGUUUAUUCCCGAGAAUGUUUGGUAUGGAUUUGAUCUCUGUAACACUGUAGCUCCGCAAUAUGCUCUCAGUAUGUAAGACCUGGCUGGGUAUUGUUGUAUGUGGUAUUCAAGAUUUGUUUGGGUGAUAAAUUAAGCAUCAUGUUUUGUGGGGGUUUGAAAUUGUUUGAUCUAGAAUAAAGGAAAUGUUUGGAUGA